AUGAUUUCAGAUACAGACAACCAGCGCGUGAUCAUUCACGUAAAGGACGUGAACGAUGAGCCUCCAUACUUCAUCAACCGACCGCUGCCAAUGCAGACUGUGGUCCAACUCAAUGCGGCCCCCAACACACCAGUCUUUACUCUUCAAGCGAGGGAUCCUGAUACAGAUCACAACAUCCACUACUUCAUAGUCAGAGAUAGAACUGGAGGGAGGUUCGAGGUUGAUGAGCGGUCGGGUGUCGUCCGUACGAGGGGAACUGAUCCAUUUCAACUAGACAUGGAGUAUGUGCUGUAUGUGAAAGCGGAAGAUCAGAGUGGUCGUUUGCCCAGUUAUGAAGCGGAAAUUGCGGAAAAUCAGAAAAAAGAUUCAGAUAUAAUUUCGGUGAAAGCGAAGUCAUUUGCUGACCGUGAAAUCCGUUACACGCUGAAGGCUCAGGGGCAAGGAGCAGGAACAUUCAACAUUGGCCCUUCAUCUGGUAUCGUGAAGCUCGCUAAAGAAUUAGAUUUCGAAGACCUGAGACAACCGCACGUGUACUCUCUAGUGGUCACCGCGACAGAAGAUUCUGGAGGAUUUUCCACGUCUGUUGAUUUAACAAUACGCGUCUCUGACGUCAACGAUAACGCUCCCAAGUUCGAGUUACCAGACUACCAAGCACACAACGUCGAUGAAGACAUUCCGCUGGGCACAAGCAUCCUUAAAGUGAAAGCUAUGGACGCUGACUCUGGGAAGAACGCUGAGAUUGAAUAUUUAGUUUCAGAUGAUCACUUCAGUGUCGAUUCUAACGGAAUCAUCACUAACAACAAGCAGUUGGAUGCUGACAAUAACAACGCUUACUACGAGUUUGUGGUAACUGCAAAGGAUAAGGGAGAACCAGCAAAAACUGGAACUGCUACAGUUAGGGUAUAUACGAAGAACAAAAACGAUGAAGAACCUAAAUUUUCUCAACAAGUAUAUACGCCUAAUGUAGAUGAAAAUGCAGGUCCCAAUACUUUGGUCACCACUGUUGUUGCGUCAGAUAAAGAUGGGGAUAAUGUUCGCUUUGGUUUCGUCGGAGGUGGCACAAGCUCAGGCCAAUUCGUAAUUGAAGAAAUAACUGGAGUCAUACGAUUACAUAAUAAAGCUAUAUCGUUGGACAGAGAUAAGUAUGAGCUGAAUGUCACAGCUUUAGAUGACGGCGCAUGUUGCGUUAACGGCGAUGCGACCAUACACACGUCUACUGCAGUCGUCGUUGUAUUUAUAACUGAUGUAAAUGAUAACAAGCCGAUUUUCAAGGAUUGUCCAACGUAUUUCCCUAAAGUCGAAGAAGGUGCACCGAAUGGUAGUCCUGUGAUAAAAGUACACGCCACGGACGAAGAUAAAGGAGUUAAUGGACAAGUCAAAUAUUCCAUUGUUCAGCAGCCUAAUCAAAAGGGUACAAAAUUCACGGUUGACGAAGAAACAGGCGAAGUGUCCACGAACAAAGUGUUCGAUAGGGAAGGGGAUGAUGGGAAGUUUGUUUCAGUUACAGUCAAAGCUACAGAUCAAGGCGACCCAUCGUUGGAAGGAGUCUGUUCUUUCACCGUUGAAAUCACCGAUGUUAACGAUAAUCCACCGUUGUUCGAUCGACAAAAAUACGUCGAGAACGUAAAACAAGAUGCUAGUAUAGGCACAAAUAUCUUAAGAGUAUCAGCAUCUGACGAAGAUGCUGAUAAUAAUGGAGCGAUCGUUUAUACUUUGAGCGCUCCUUAUAAUCCGGCUGACAUAGAAUACUUUGAGAUCCAACCUGAAUCAGGAUGGAUAGUCUUAAAGAAACCGUUAGACCGGGACAGGUAUCGCCUGCGCGUCCGCGCCUCCGACAGAGGGGACCCGCCGUCCUCCGCAGACGUGGACGUUGAAUUAGACGUGGUAGACAGGAACAAUAAACCUCCCAUCUGGGACAUGUCCACGUAUGGCCCCGUUCACAUCAAAGAGAAUGUCACAGUGGGUACCGUAGUGACCAGUGUGAAAGCAAGGUUGCGAGAGACGUACAAGUUGGAGGCUAUGGCCCAAGACAAGGGCUUCCCGCCCUUGUCCAGAACCGUGGAGGUCCAGAUAGACGUAGUGGAUCGCGCAAACAAUCCCCCCGUUUGGGACCACACAGUAUACGGCCCGAUCUACAUUCGAGAGAAUAUGCCCGUCGGUGGCAGAGUGGUGUCCGUUAAAGCAAGCUCCGGCAUUGAAAACAACCCAACCGUAUUUUACCGGCUGAUGCCCGGCUCCACGGCUCAAACGAACAAAUUCCACACUUUCUAUUUACAACAAAGAGCUGAUAAUGGAUUUACUUGGGCCGAUAUUAAAGUGAAUCAUCCCUUGGACUAUGAGAGCAUUAAGGAAUACAAUUUGACAAUACGAGUCGAGAACAACGGAGCGCAGCAACUAGCCUCGGAGGCAACAGUAUACAUUAUGCUUGAAGAUGUCAACGACGAGAUUCCUUUAUUCACUGAGCGAGAACAAGAGACGGUGCUUGAAGGGGAACCCAUAGGUACCAAGGUCACGCAGGUCAACGCUAUUGACAAAGAUGGGACUUUCCCUAAUAACCAGGUGUAUUACUACAUUGUGGACUCACCGCGCAACGAAGGCAAGGACUUCUUCGAGAUCAGCAUGCAGACUGGAGAAAUCUUCACGAAAGUGGUGUUUGACAGAGAAAAGCAAGGUGCCUACGCUUUAGAAGUAGAGGCAAGAGAUGGAGCCCCCUCAGCGCGACCGAAUUCAGAGAACCAGCCGAAUUCAGGUGAGUCGAGAGCCAAAUCUUUUUAUUUAAACGAAAAGAAUAGGAAAACAUUCAUAUGUUAA